AUGCAGCCAUGCCCGCUCUCAGGCUUCUCUCUGCUCCUGUAAACUUUUAAAAUUGUACUGAAAAUAUAACAUCUUAAUUUUGAAAAAUGUUCUAAAAUUCUGUGGAGAAAUGUUUAAAUUCGGAUUUGCAAAAGAUGCAAUCGAUUCGGACGAAGAAAAUGAUGACAAGGAAAAGGAAUUAGAAUGGAUUCCCGCGUCAAAGCUUCAAAUAACAUCCGAACAAAUCGGAGAAAAAUAUGAAGCAGACUGUUAUGGAGAAAUAAAAAUAUUCUCUGGUUAUAAUUUGAAAUUAGUUCGCUUUGAUAAAAUAUGGGAAAACUUUAUUAGUACGUGGAAGCAAAAUCAGAGUAUCGUCGAGGCAGAGUUACGACAUUCCGAUCUUAUUCCAGCGAAAUACGAAGGUGGUUUGAAAAUAUGGGAAUCCUCUUUUGAUUUGGGUCAAUAUAUGCUGAAAGAGAAAAUCGAACUGAAGGAUAAGCUUGUCCUGGAUUUGGGAUGCGGUGCAGGAUUAAUUGGCAUUAUUGCUCUUCUCCAAAACUCCACAGUCCAUUUUCAAGAUUACAAUGCAGAAGUUCUAAGAUCCUUGACCAUACCGAACGUGUUAUCGAACUUUGACAAUCAUAUGAGCAUAUUAUCUAGAUGCGAAUUUUAUGCUGGGGAUUGGAAGUCCUUUGCAACACUUUUCGACGAUGACGAGAGUAAAAGAUACGAUUAUAUUUUUACGAGCGAGACAAUCUAUAAUCCGGAUAAUUACAAAAAGCUAUAUGAGAUUUUUAAAAAGAGGCUGAAGAUCGACGGUGUUAUAUUCGUCGCUGGAAAAAUUUAUUAUUUUGGUGUGGGUGGUGGGAUGAGGCAAUUCGAGAGUUUUGUGCAGAAUGAAGGGCACUUCGACGUUAAAACUAUCUGGAAGACUUCAUGUGGACUGAACCGUGAAAUACUAAAACUUAUGAGGAAGAUUCAUUAAGGAUCCUUGCAUCUCCACCAGCGAAAAACAAGAUUUUUGUCUCGAUACUAUACAGAUAUCAUAUAUUGUUCUUUCCAUAUAAAUUAUUAUCUUUGAGCAAAUAUGAGGUAUUCACUUGAAACAUAAGGUAUUCAUUUGGAAUGUUGCAUGAAUAACUAAUACUAUCUAUUUUUUCGCAGAAGAAAAUUGCGAGGAGCUAAUUGUUCAUCUGUCUACUAUCCUAAGAACGUUGUAUUUCUUAUUAUUCUAUUCCAAUGACAAUACCGUGCGUUUUUC